ACAAACGCUCGUGUUCCUUUUCAUGUCAUCGUAACAUAUUCAUGAAAACUUCAUGGAAUCAAAGCUUGAUUCUUGAGUUUUUGUAUAUUUAAUACAUCUCAAGUGGCAGUGCACUUAACCAAAACGCGUGUUUUGUUCUGGAAAGUGGGGCAGUUCGUUUGACUGGGUUGCUUCGAUGUGAUUGAUGUCAUUCAUCUCUCGUGAACUAGAUUCCAAAUAAUCAGUAGAGAAUUAUCACUCCUUGUAAAUACAAUUCUUCGAUUUCGAUUAUAAAAAAAGAGUCUAGUACAAUACAAACUGACAAGAAAAUCAGUUUUUGGCAGGAAUUUAGUACAAGGCGCUUGACAAGUCAUUGUCUAUUUUCGUUACGGCGAGUUCAAUACAAUUUUGCAUGCAAAUUCUGCCGAAAUAGAUAUAAAUAGCUAUACCUCGAGUAUAUUUAUAUCGCUAAUCUCGCAAAUGGAGCGGCGAGAGUAGUUUUUGAGGUUAUCACAUCGCAGUCUACAGGAAUGAUUCGUUCGGGAAAGUAGUGUCAAGUUGUGAACGAAGUGAACGAUAACCAUGACCAUGACACUCCAAACGGAUUCUACUCUUGAGAUGGCUGAGAAAACUGAUCUCAGUUUGUCUCUUAUGAAUCGUGUUUAUUAUGCAGCUAGGGAUGGAAUGGCAAUUACACUUUUCGCCCUCCUCAACGAAAAAACGCCAGAGCAAAUCAAUUGUCUCAUCAAUCAGAAAGUUUUACAAGAAGAUGGGCAAAGAUGUACUCCCUUAAUAGUCGCUUCUCGUUUUGGCCACGACCGAGUGGUAAAAAUGUUACUAGAUAAAUUCAAACCGGAACUAGAAGAAGAGGGAACUGUCAAAUUUGAUGGCUACGUAAUUGAAGGUGCAAGUGCUCUCUGGUGCGCUGCAGGUGCUGGUCAUUUAAAUGUCGUUAAGACGCUUGUGAAGGCAGGAGCAAAUGUUAAUCAUCCAACGAAAACCAAUUCCACGCCUCUGAGGGCUGCUUGUUUUGAUGGAAGAUUAGAUAUCGUAAAAUAUUUAACAGAUCACCGAGCUAACAUUCACACUGCCAAUAAAUAUAACAAUACUUGCUUGAUGAUUGCUGCUUACAAAGGACAUCUCGAUGUUGUCAGUUUUCUUUUGGAGAACGGUGCAAAUCCAAAUGAAAGCGCUCACUGUGGUGCAACCGCGUUGCACUUUGCAUCUGAGUGUGGUCACUGUAAAAUAGUAUCCGAAUUAUUGAAACACGGUACAAAAAUGACAAAGAACGUUAGUGGAAUGACGCCAUUGAUCGCAGCUGCCGAGCGAACGAGAAGACACGUAGUGGAAUGUCUAGUGUCGAGGGAAGAGGUCAAAAAAGAAGAAACUAUAGAAGCUUACGAAUUACUCGGAGCCUCAUAUGCCAACGAUAAGGAUAAUUAUUGUCUUAGUUGGGCCUAUUCAUAUUUAAAGAAAGGAAUGCAACUUAGGUACAGUGAUCCUGAAAAUAUAAUAUAUAAGAAAAGGUCUGAACCAGUGCCAGCUUAUGAAAACUGGCGAGAAUGUGAAAAUUUGGCACAAUUAGCGAGUAUUAAAAAUGACCAGAACGCCCUUCACAUGGAAUCGCUAGUUAUUAGGGAAAGAAUAUUAGGAAUCCACAAUCCGGAAGUGCCACAUCCAAUUAUCUACAGAGGAGCAGUUUUUGCAGAUGCCGCUCGAUUCGACAGAUGCAUCGAUCUGUGGCUUCGAGCCUUAAAAUUAAGACAGUUGAAUAAUAUUUCCGUUGUCAAAGAUCUGCUUAGAUUUGCUCAGGUAUUCUCCCAGAUGAUUCACGUGGGUGUCCAUCUCCAAUUUACACAAGUCUUAAGUGUUCUUGAAGCGAGUGUUAUAGAAAUUGAGAGAAAUAAAACUAAGAUCCAUCAUCCAGAGCCUAAGGAUGAUGUUGAUCAGUUUAUCGUAAGUAAAGAUGAGAUGGAAUCGAACAUCACAACGACUCUUUACAUCUUGACGAUUCUAACUAAACUGAUAACACUGAAUGAGAAAGGAGACAAGGCAGAUCUCGGUAAAGCCCAUUAUUUGGUGCAUAAAUUAUGCGCACUCCAAGCGGCUCUCAGAGAUGGGCAGACUCUUUUACAUCUGGCUGUGAACGCUGAAACUCCUGUCGAUGAUUUUCACACGAAUGAUGUAUGCAAAUUUCCUUGUGCAGCUACAGCAAAAUUGUUGGUACAGUGUGGUGCUGAUGUUAAUGCAAUGGACAAUGAGAGAAACACACCACUUCACGUAAUUGUUAGUUAUGAAAAACCAAUCAGUGAUUUCAUGACUCUACACGCAAUUAUAAUGGGAUUGAUAGAAGCUGGAGCCCAUAUGGACACAGUCAAUAGUCAAGGAAAAACACCUUACGAAGCCGCAACGACUGGUGUAGCUGAAAUAAUAUUACGGACUCAGACCAAGUUGUCCCUGAAGUGUAUGGCUGCAAAAGCAGUUAAAACAUACAACUUGUCCUACUGUGGGAGUGUACCUCAAUCCCUGGAGAGUUUUAUAGAACUCCACGGAUCUGGACUCAAUCAAGGUUGAAGGUUGUGAGUUACAAUCGUUCAAAUAGCUUCCAUGAACUUUUGAUCGUAAUCCGAUCUACAAGACUUUAUCAAAAUCAUUUUGAAUAUGAGUCUUCAUCUUUAACACUGCAGAAAAUCGUGCCAGAAUGUUAUGUUAUGUAAUUAAAUAAUAAAUUAUUAUUAUACUUUAAAAACUAAUGAAAGCUUGAAAUUAUAAAUGUAAAACAUUACGCUUAUUAUUUUAUAGUAUUUUAAAAGAAUUUGACUGGAAAGAGUUUUAAAAACUGAGAGAGUCCUGAUUGGCACGAUUUACUCAUGUGGUUAUAGAUAAAAAUCAAUCAAGAAACGCGUUUCGUAGGCUGCAUGAAUACUCUCAUUUUCUUAUGUUAUCACUACUCACAACAUAAAACAGCGCUGUAACAUCAAAUUUUAUUUUUUACCGCAAUUCUAGAAAAAAAUCGGACUGAAUGACAAAACAAAAAUGUUAUCGAGAAAUGGGCGGAUAUAGAAAAAUAAAGUAAUUAGCAUUUGCCAUUGUGAUUAUUUUCAGACCUAUUUGCAUGUGAAAAUAACUUCAUUGACAAAUGUCGCUUGCUAGGAUUUUCCGUUCGGUACCAGUGAUUAAUAUUCCUGACAAAAUUCAACAGUCUGAAAUAAAUAUUGUAGGUUUUCAGUAUAGUUUCCGCAACUCUAGAAAACAAAUGAAUUUUCUUGAGCCACUAUCGCAUUAUGGAAAACGCCCAAAGCCAUUUGCUAUAAUAAUCUGUGCCUGAGUAUCAAGAAAUGAAUUAUACACUCAAAGUAUAUAUCGAAUUAUUAAACUUUUUGUUUAUACUUGAGGCAUUUUAAAACAUGCAAUUCUUAAGUAAUAUUUUUGAAUUAUUUCAUGUGCAAUUGUAUUUCUAAUUUUAAAUACACUGAAAUCUUUGUUGUCCAUUUUAUAUCUCCCGUAAACUCUCAAAAUUUAAAGUAACAUAUUUUCUAUGUUUUUGAAGUCUUUGGAAUAUAAAAUAAAAAUUCAAUUUUUAAACCUGAUAGUUGUGUAGGAUUUUUUUUAGAAGUUUAUAGAUGUCACAAAAAUAGAAAACUAUGUAAUGAUUAUUAUGUAGGUAAUUAUUGGCAGCGCUUUCGUGUCAAAGUGUUAAACUACAUUUGUAAAUAUUCAUAAGUCAAUCUAGUUGGUUUAAUUGUAUGAAUGUUUGGUUGUACAUGUACUUAUAAGUAAGAAUAUUAAUAACUCUCGCAAAUAACAAGGAAAUAACUUUAAUGAAAUCAGGGAAUAAAUGAAAGAUAGAUUUAAGCUGUAUUUCAAAGUCAAAAUAAGAAAUUUUUUAUGUAAACUAUUCUUUUUUAAAGAAAAUAUAGCUUAAAACUACUUUUGCGGGAAAUGACUACGUGAAUAUUGUGAAAUAACUUUUAGGAACAUUUGUGAUAAAAAUUAUGACUGCAAAGCGAAGAUAUAUUCUUAUAUUUUUUUUUUCAUCCUUGUGAAACAAACUAGGUUUUUAAUGUAUAAGAGCAGGUAGAGAUAUUCAUUGAUUAUACAAAAAAGGCAGAGAUACUUGUAGUUUACAAUUUGCAUUGUCUCAUUCGAAAUUGUAAAUAGAUCCAAUAUUUUCUCACUAACAUAACGAAAUAUAUGUUAAUGAUUUAUAUAAAAAGUUAGCAUAAAUAAUUAAAGAAAAUGACCAUCAAAUUAUAAGGUUUCAUUAAAUUGAAUAUUUUUAUUCAGACAUUUUUAUAGGUAGUCACUGUAAUCCCAAUGCGAGAUUUCAAUAAUGAGCAAGACAAUUUUGGUUUGCUAAGAUAAUGACAAAAGCAGUGAAACUGCAUGGCUCUUCCAUUAUGUACUUCCUGACAAAUAUAAUUCAAUAAAGCCAUUUUUUUGCGUUAAAUAUAUCAAUCUUACUACGAACAUAUAUGUUAAAAAUUCUAUAAAACUUAUCACGCAUAUUUUUAUUCGCAUAAAUCGAAUUGACAAUUGAUCGGAAUAUUUUUACAUAAAUGUAACACAUGUAUGCAAUUUUUUUGGGGUGCGAUAAAAUCUCAGAAUUCAAAGCGAGCGUGAAUUGUUUAAAAAUAUUUUUUACUCACUGUCUAAAAUAUAAUGUACAAAUUUUUUAAAUAUAUUGAAUUUUUCGCAUGUGAGAUAUAUAAAAUUCAAGUAUUUGAAAAACUAAAAAAUUCAUAUCUAACAAAUCGAUUAAUGUAUAAUAAAAACAGAUAAAAACACAUAAAAAAUAAAAACAGAUAAUAAGAUGUUCGAGACUCUGUUUUGCAAAAUCUACCAAUAUUUCUGAAAUUGUUUCCUAGUUAGUUUAAGUUAGAUACACGUUACGUAUGAAAUGCUAUUUCUUACAGAAGAUGUUCCUGUGUUCAUGAAAAUUGAAUAAAUUUAGAAAUGGAAUAAAAACAGUUAUUUUCUCUUCUUCGAAACAGACAUAUAAUAUGGUUCUUGUAAACAU